UCUUUAUACACUUCUUUAUAAUUAAACCAAGAAGCAACUAACCAUCGGUAACUUCAAGUUUUAUUAAACGUAUAAACACAAAAGUAUACUCAUAGUUAAUCUAAGAGAAGAAAGAGAUGGAGAUUGAGAUGGAAGAGAAGUUUGAAGAUUGGAGAGGUAAAGAGGCAGUUUCUGGCAAACAUGGUGGGAUUAUAGCUGCUUUCAUUGCUUGUGUUGUAGAGACGAUGGAGAAUAUGGUGUUCUUAGCAUAUUCAACCAACUUCAUGAUGUACUUUACGAAAUCAAUGCAUUACUCAUCAGCCAAAGCAGCAACCAUGGUGACUAAUUUCAUAGGAACAUCUUUUUUGCUCACUAUCUUUGGUGGUUUUGUCGCGGACUCUUUCCUCACUCGCUAUGCCACUUUCAUCCUCUUUUGUUCCAUUGAACUCAUGGGCUUGAUCUUGUUGACACUCCAAGCUCAUAACCAUAAGUUACAACCUCAUGGAGGUAAAACACCUUCGACUCUUCAAUCAACUGUUCUAUACACCGGACUCUAUGCAGUAGCUAUUGGUGCUGGAGGUGUCAAGGGGUCAUUGCCUGCUCAUGGAGGUGACCAGCUCGAUAGUAGAAACCAGAAGCUGAUAUCAGGAUUCUUCAAUUGGUACUUCUUCUCUAUCUGCCUUGGAGGUUUCUUGGCCGUAACCCUUAUGGUUUGGAUCGAGGAGAACAAAGGAUGGAGCUCUAGCUUCAAUGUUACCACCGCGGUAUUGGCCUCCGCGAUCUUCAUUUUCGCCGUGGGAUGCCCGAUAUAUCGAUUCAAGCGUCCAACAGGAAGUCCUCUGACCAGAAUUAUGAAUGUGUUUGUUUCUGCCGCAAGAAACCGAAAUAGGUUUGUAACCGAUGCAGAGGUAACACAGAAUCAUAACUCUACGGACAAGAACAUUCAUUACAACAAAUUCAAGUUUUUGAAUAAAUCAAAGCUCAACAACAAGAUCUCAGCAACACAAGUUGAAGAAACAAGAACGUUUCUAGCUCUUCUACCAAUAUUUGGGAGCACAAUUGUAAUGAACUGUUGCUUAGCACAACUCUCAACCUUCUCCGUACAACAAGGCCUUAUGAUGAACAGAAAACUAUGGCGUUCCUUUGAGAUCCCCGUGGCUUCCCUCAAUGCCAUCCCCAUCAUGUGCAUGCUCUCUUCUUUAGCUUUCUACGAGCUUUUCGGAAAAAAGAUCUUAUCAAGAAACGAAGAAAGAUCGUCAAGCUUCAAUUUGAAACGCAUAGGAUUAGGCUUAGCUCUCUCCUCUAUCUCAAUGGCGGUUGCAUCCAUCGUGGAGAUCAAGAGAAAACAUGAAGCGGUUCACAACAACGUCAAAGUCUCUGUGUUUUGGCUAGAGAUUCAAUAUGUUUUGUUGAGUUUCUCGGAUAUGUUGACUCUUGGGGGAAUGCUAGAGUUCUUCUUUAGAGAAGCUCCUGCGAGUAUGAGGAGCAUGAGCACAGCCUUAGGGUGGUGCUCUACUUCAAUGGGUUUCUUCCUUAGCUCGGUUCUUGUGGAGGUCAUUAAUGGAGUCACGGGUUGGCUCCGGGAGGAUCUUAACGAGUCCAAGCUUGAACUGUUCUACGUGGUUUUAUUUGUUCUUAAUACUCUUAAUCUUUUUAAUUAUAUCUUCUGGGCGAGAAGAUAUUAAAGAAAAGAAGAAAAGAGUAUGUUGCCUAAUCUAUAGAGAACUCCUUAAAUUUAAAGAUGCUAUGCAUGUAGUGGAAGUCUAUACUAAGUAACUUGCGUAAUGGUUUUGUGUGGUGGUUCACAAGUUGGUUGAUGUGUCAUGUAAUAAUGAGAGGAAAUAGUAACUACUUCAUUUGAGUUUCAUAAUUUGUGAUUCUGCCCUAAUUAAGAAAGUGUGAAAGUAACGUUUUCUAGUUAGAUACCAAUAUUUUCCA